UUCACUAACCACAAGAUGACGCACGUCUUUGUGUACGGGACUCUCAAAAAAGGACAACCAAACCAUCACAGAAUGUUGGACCCUGUCAAUGGCAAAGCUGAGUACUGUGGCCGUGCUCGCACCGUCGAGAAGUACCCAUUGGUCAUUGCCGGACCCUACAAUAUACCUUUCCUCCUCAACGUUCCCGGAGAGGGACAGCGAGUGCAUGGGGAAAUCUAUAAAGUGAACGACCAGAUGAUUGCCUUCCUCGACCAUUUCGAAAGUUGCCCGGACAUGUACCAGCGGACUCGUGUCAAGCUGGAGGUGGACGAGUGGGUCGAGACGGGAGGGGAAGACGCAAACUCUCCAAGGGUGGGCAGUGUCAUAGAGACUUUCGUGUACAACACCACCACUUACCAGCCGGAGUGGCGAAGCUUCCAAACUCAUGAGAGUUACGAUGCUUGUGGAGAUCAUGGCCUUGUCUGUUCGUAUCCAUGAAAUAAGGACGAAUAAGACUUUAAUUCAUUCGAACUGGAUUUGACAUGUGAAUAAAAGAAACACACAUCUUCAGGUUCAAAUGAUUCAACAAUGUAUCCCUAUAUGAUUGGUUUCGACAUAUCCAUGUCAUUUUGAAUAAUUUUUAAUCAGUAUGGUAUGCUGGAUUGACUCCUGUCAUUAGAUAGCUGCAGGAUUCCGUUUCAUUCAGCCACUUGAUGUAUUUGAUGAUACCGGUAGAUUUGUGUGCAAGUUCCAUUUAGAUUCAGUGAGUUUUUAAAACGUCUGCUUGCUCUUAAACACUGUUCGACCCAUGGGAGCCAGUUUUGCCUUUGCAAACAUAUGUGAAUAACUAAAUAAAAAAUGUUGCAAUCGAUGACGAAAACGAUUUCGCGAUCUUCAGACUGUGCAAUAUUUAAAAAUAACUGUCCUUGCCCAAGUUUAGUGCUUUUCUAUGGGACAGCGAUAAUUAUGUAUAAUGACUAAAUUUAUUGUCUGUAGCCCACUCCUGGACUAGCUGGGUGAUAUAUGAAGUGAUUUGAAGUUUUGCAUAUCUAAAUGAAAAGGUGCUGUAGUCGUUUUGCGCUUUACAUAGAUACAAAUAUACAGUAUAUGGCUCAAUAGAAAUCAUGUCAUUUUAGGUUUUCAUCAUGUGUGAGUCCAAAUAAAAAUCUUUCACAGA